AUGCCAGACCUGAAAUCAAUAAUCCACUUACGUGGCCAAGCAAAGGCAAAGGUUUCUCGCAUUCGAAAGGCGAUCGAAGAGGCUGAUGCGACUGGUGCACAGUAUGAUGCCGCUCAGCGGAAAGUGUUGUCUCGAAACCUGGAAAAUCAUUUCCAAGAGUAUUUGGCACUCCAUCACCAGGUCAUGACAGCUUGCCCUCCCAAGAGAGUCGAAGAGCAGGACCAGGGAUACCUUGUUUUUGAAACCCACUACAACGAGACGUGUGUUCUUGUCGAACGAGCAGCCCAAGCAUCUCGUUUUGUUCCCGUUGCCCAACACCAGCCAACUACUGAAAAUCCACGAAUCAUCGUUCAACAGCAGCCAUUGAGGGCACCGAUUCCGACCUUCGAUGGGAAACCAGAGAACUGGCCUCGCUUCAAGGCUAUGUUUUCUGACGUGAUGCGAUGCUCCACCGACUCGGAUUGCAUCAAAUUGUACCAUCUGGAACGAUCAUUAGUUGGAGCGGCUUUGGGUAUAAUCGACCAUCGCACCCUAAACGACAACAACUACACACACGCAUGGGAAAUUCUCGAGGAUCGAUUCGAGAAUAAAUGGGUAAUCGUGGAUACCCACAUUCAAGGGCUGCUGAACUUCUGGCGGAUGAGCCGAGAAAACCCGAAGGAGCUACGAGAGCUUAUCGAUGAAGUGACAAGACACAUCGAUGAGUUGGUUCUGAUCGAAGAUGAGCUGGAUGGAAUCUCCGAAAGAGUUGUUGUCAACCUUGUGUCCGGAGCCCUGGACAAGGAUACUCGAAAAGAGUGGGAAACAACGAUCCCACAUAAGGCGAUACCAACCUACGAUGACACCAUAACCUUUCUCAAGAAGCGGUGUGCCAUCCUGGAACGCUGCAAAGAAUCAUCGAAAUGUCCGAUCAACGUGCGACCAACCGUUCCAAUAAAGAAUCCUGCCAACCCGGUGAGAAAUUCCCAAGCCAAAAUGUAUACUAUCAUUGGAAGUUCCGAGGCAACCUGCGAACUGUGUCAAGGUGAACAUCCCAACUUCAAGUGCGAGUUCUUCCGUGCAAUGUCCAUUCCUGAACAUCAUGCAAAGGUUCGAGAGUUGAGGCUGUGCUACAACUGUUUGCGAAAAGGUCAUCCGAGUAGUUCCUGUAGUUCCCCGCGCACCUGCCAGAAGUGUCAAGGUAAGCACCACACACUAUUGCACUUUGAAAACCCACCACAUGUAAAUGCACAACCCCUUUAUAUUCCUCCGGCAACCGCCCAAGCCCUUGAUGUGAACCAGAAUUUCCCUGUAACUACUACUUGCGCAGUAAGCGAAGCUCCCCAUUUUGACAACAGUCUUUUGAUGACCGCUGUUGUAAAUAUUUUGGAUAGCAACGGCAAAUUUCACGCAUGCCGUGCUUUUUGGAUUAAUGGGUCCCAGCCGCACUUGGUGACGAAAAGGUUGAUCAAUGUGUUGAAUCUCCCACGCGUUCCUGCCAAGGUCGAAAUUGUUGGAGCCAAUGCAAGGAAAAACACUCUUUCAGAAAUGGUCAAGGUACAGAUUAGUUCGAAACAUUCUGAUUUCCAAGCACAGUUGGAUUGUCUCGUAACCGAUCCCGUAAGUUUGAUACUCAACCAUGGCUUCUUCCAUCUGGACUACCACUCGCCGACCCAGCCUUCCACACUCCCGGGGAAAUAG